AUUGCUUAGGACCAAGAUGUCAAUAAUGAACCUCAUAUCGAAACUUGCAGGUGGCUGGAGACCAGUGAAGAGCAAUGGGGUCUUAAGCCUGAAAAGCUGUUCUCACAUGGUGAAGCAGUUCGAGGUCGAAGGUCUCUACGUGCUGUGCACCGUCGAUAUACUGAAAGAACCCCAAAGCCUGGAGAUUCGGGAACCAAGAUACAUCCAAAUCUUGAAGAUUUGGGAUGUAUUGCCCUUAAGGGAUGCGAUGAAACUGGUUGAAUGUCUCAUUAUCGAGUUCAAAGUGUAUGCCGACGAUUUCAUUAGUUGCUGCAAUGAGGAAUGUCUUGAGGGGGAUCAGGUAGUUCCAAAGACAUGGGAUUCUUCUUGGGGUACUGCUCAUUUCUGCAGUUCGGAUCAAGUUCAAGCAGGGAGUGGUUCCGGCGCCGGUAUUUCGAAUCUGGAAGCGAGCGAGCCUGCUUUCGAUGAGAUUCUACUCCUCGUCAUCACAUGUGGUCAGGCUGAGAAAGAUUGCAAUCUCUGUAGUACUCAAAUUCAUGGCUCUGGACAUGAGAGUCUCGACAACAACUUGUCUGGUGGUCUGAAUGAAUGCCAGAAAAAAGCAGUUCUUGCUUGUCUUGAUACCGUCUAG